UCAUAUGAGUGCAAGUCCAGUGUGUGCAGCAUAACUGGAUCCGGAUCUGGACAUCUGGAAGUAUCUGUGUAACGAGAUUUUAUGUUUAAGCUAUUGCCGCUGCCAGAAGUUACAGCAGGAUCAGCGUCAGGAAGAAAGCAAUAGAAACUACCAGGUUAUUUAUCAUUACUAUAAUCAGUUUUCAUUUAAAGAAUGUCAGUGAAAGAGAUUUGUUCUGGAUAACUUUACUUACUUCAGCAGAAAGCAGAGCCUGUAGAAAUUCUGUAGGCUUACUUCACUGAAUACAAAAGAUUAUUUUAAAAACAAUUAAAUUUAAAAAAAAAUAAAUUUUUGAUUAUUUUGAUUUGUAUUGUGGUGCUUCAGCUUUUAGGGGUCAUGUUUUCAAGUUUUUCUCUGUAGCUGUGAGGGCUAGAAACUUACUUUCAUUUUUCACAUAAUCAAGUGAUUUGAGGAGCUGGGGCUUUAAGAAAAAUACCAAAUAUUGCAAGUCUCGUGAUAAAAUCAUGAGGGUUGGCGACGCAGCAGAAGAUACUAGUCCAAAAUUAAAAUAGCGCUAUCCUUGACAAAUUUACCUUUAAAACACUGGAGGGGACAUCCGAAAGAUUAUGUUUAGCGUUAAAGCAUUCUGUUUGGUAAAAGCAAUUCAUUUGGCCACUGGCUCCCCAAGGUUAACUGGUAGAUUUAUUCAUCCAGCUGUUUGUCAUGUGCAUCACUGGAUAAAGAGGAAUAUGGAUCCCAGGUGGAGCUCCUGGACUGGUCCAAAUAGCACUGACGAAGCAGGAGUAAGUGCUCACCAAACCAAGGUCAUGGCAAAGCAAGAGCAGCCUGGUCUUUUGAUCGUUGAAAUAGGAGGUGUACGUGGUGUGCUGGAAGGGCAUGUGGAGCUCUUGAAGAAACACUUUCACCUUAUCACCAUGAAGGAAUUUCUUAAAAAGAAAGAAAGAUUGAGUGAAAAGAUCAAAUCUGUUCUCAUAUAUGAGUGCAGACCAGUCAUUGACCGGGAGCUCCUCCAGAGCCUACCUCACUUAAAGGUGAUUGCAAACUCUGGGGUAGGAGUGGAUCACCUGGACUUAAAAUUGAUUUCGAGCUUUGGAGUUAAAGUGACCAAUACUCCACAUGCUGUUUCUGACUCCACAGCAGACAUUGGGAUGGCCUUGAUGCUGGCAUCUGCCAGAAGGCUAGUGGAAGGUUGUCAGAUUGCAGUUUCUCCACAGACUGAGCAUUUUGCUGCUGACUGGCUGGGAGAUGAAGUCACUGGGGCUACUCUCGGUAUCAUUGGCAUGGGCAGCAUUGGGUAUAAGGUGGCCAAGAGGGCCAAAGCUUUUGAAAUGAAAAUUCUGUACCACAACAGGAACCAGAGAAAAGAAGAGGAGGAACAGGCUGUUGGUGCCCGCUACUGUGAAAAGAUGGAAGACUUGCUCCAGCAAUCUGACUUUGUGAUACUGGUCGUGAACCUGACACCUCAAACACACAAAUUGAUUGGGAAAAGGGAGUUAGAGCUGAUGAAACCCACUGCUACUCUCAUUAACAUCAGCAGAGGUGCCGUUGUUGAUCAUGAUGCAUUGGUGGAAGCUCUCCAAAAUGGGAUUAUUAAGGCUGCAGCUUUGGAUGUGACAAACCCUGAACCUCUGCCAAGAGAUCAUCCAUUAUUAAAAUUAAAGAACAUUAUCAUAACUCCACACAUUGGAACUGCUACAGUCCAAGCCACCCGUAUGAUGACAGAAGAAGCAGUAGCAAAUAUACAGGCAGUUCUCAAUGGUCUCCCCAUUCCCAGUGAAGUGAUCCCUCAGUGACAUGUCAGAGAACAUAAAUACACAGUGGCAUGUCUGUGAAAGGACUUUAUUCUACUGAAUCAUACAGUAAUUUUGCAGUGCAAUGGUUAAUAAUGACAAGUGAACAUGUUCCUACACUGCUGUCACAUUUACGCUGCCACCUAGCGGCUAUAUUGUAUAAUUGCACUCCAAUCAUGUGAUAAUUUGACUAAUAAAGUCAGUUGUUCAAAGGCUCUUAGCUGAGCAGUUGCAGAUAA